CCCCGCCAGAACCAGAGCCAGAGCCAGCACUAGGAGCAACUGCAGCAGCAGCUGUCAGCAAUAGUAAUAGCCUUAGCAGUAGAAAAGCCAACAGUAGCCUUAGCAGUAGCCAAAAAUCUAGCAGCACAGUGAAGCCACAGACUAAAGACCCGACAGCGAACAGCAAGACGAAUAUCAAACAGCAGCAGGAGAAGGAGAAGGAGAAGCCAGCGGCUGGCAUGUCUGGCCCACAGCUGAAGCGCUUGAGCGUGCCGUCAAAGGAGGAUUCGGGCACCGAAAGCGGCGAGGAUUUGCGGCUGUUGGCCGCCGGACUGCGCGAUACGCUGCAGCUGCAGCAGCAACAGAAUCGCAGCGAUGCGAAUCGCGGUCUACUGGACGAGGUCACCGAUGCGCUCAGCCGGCUCGAGUGCAGCCUGAAACUGGGCCAGGAGCUGGCCGUUGAUGGCGGGCAGCGGCAGGCGCUGCUCUCGCUAAUUGCACGCCUGCAGAGCGGACUGAGUGCGCCCGAGAAGCUGGACGGCAGCGAUGCGGCAGCAGGCGAAGCACCAGCUGAUCCGGCCAAUGCCGAGACGGAACUGGGCGGACGGCAGCGUUUCGCCAAGCGGCGGCAGCGCAGCAAUCGGCACACGGUAGGCGUCAGUCGCGAGGAGCUCGCCGAUGCGCGUCGCUACAUGGAGGACAUGCUCAUGCUGGAGCAGCAUGCGGUCAAGUCAAGUCCAGUUGCUGAGUCAGAGCCAGCGUCUGCGCCGUUGCUGGUUCGAUCUCUGGAGCGCAAUGCCAGCUCAAGCGCCAUUGUGGGCGCGCCCAGCACACAGCUGUACAGGCCGAAUCAGUUUGUCGCCGCACAGCUGAAGCCGCCGCAGACAAGGCGUCCACUCUCCGGCGACUAUGCGGUCAGCUUUGCCAGCUAUGCGCCGCCGGAGUCGCAGAUGCAGACGCAGCCGGAGCCGGAGUCCAUGUUGGCGGCGACGCGCUUCAAUGGCGGCAAGAAACAGCUGAUGAAGCGCGCCAAUACAAUCGAUAUACCCAAGCUGAAGGCCAAGUACAAUAACUGUGACAGCGACUCGGACGAGGAGGAGGAGCACAGUCGCAGCAGCCAGGCGGGACCCAAUCUCGGCCUGAAGCGCGCCGUUCAGGUGAGCGUCAAGCGGCGUGUGCAGCACGUGGUGCCGCCAUUUGAGCCCAAGACCGAAAAUGAUCACAAGUUCCUUGCGUUCAUCAACAAGCAGAACCAUCAGGGCGGGCUCGGCUGGGCGGGCGCCCGAUCUGUCUCCAAUUGGACGCACAAGUUCGGCAAUAUCAAGCACACGUUCGAGACGGGCGCCGCGGCCACCGCCACCAAGGGCAAGCCCCCCCAGCCGCCCAGCCACCACCAGCAGCAGCAACAAUUGCUGCGGGAACAGCAACAGCAACAGCAGCAGCAGCAGCAGCAGCAGCAACAACAGUUGCAGCAGGCGGCGUUGCUGGAGCGGCAGCGUCGCCAGGAACUGGAGCGCCAGCUGCGCCUCGAACAGGAGGCACGCUUCGAGCGGGAGCAGCGCGCGCGGCUCGAGCGCGAAUACUAUGAGCAGCAGCUGGAGCGCCAGCAGCUGGAGCGGCAACAGCAACUCGAGCGCCAGCGGCAGCAGCAGGAGCAGCUGGAGCGGCAGCGACGCCAGGAAAUGGAGCUGCGCAUGCAGCAGCAAAGGGAGCGCGAACGCGAGCAACAACAAUCGGCGACAACAGCAACUGUUGCUGGCGGCGCGCCGCUUAAUCAGUUUAUACACGCGCCGCAGUCCGUCUUUCGGCCCAUUGACCAGGGUCAGGCGCCGGCGCCAAGCAUAUACAAGCCCAUACCCCAAAAGGGCAACAACAGCUGGCAGCCAACAGCAACAGUUGCUGGCAACAAGCAACAGCAACAGCAGCAGCAACACUUGCUGCCGCGUGCUGCCGGCUACAGCAACACGCCCUCGCCCUCACCCGCCUCAACGACGGCCAACUCGCCCAUCGGUCUGCCCUGGCUGGCCAAGCCGCGCGUCGACAACAGCGACUUUAAGCGCAAAGCGCACCACUUCGAGGCCUGCUCGCUGCGCGAUCAACUCGAACAGCAGCAACAGCAGCAGCAGCCGUCGCCGUCGGGCGUCUAUGUGCAGCGUCACAAUUCGCUGCGCGCGAAGGCGCCGCCGGCGACGCUUAGCGAGUUCCGGAAGCGUCCCUCGCUGCCCAAUGCCAUGCAGCCGGAACUGGAGCUCUAUCAACAACAGCAGCAGGUGCCGGCGCCGCCGCCGCCGACCAACAUCUCGUUUACCUAUGCGGACUAUGCGCCGUUGCGUCGCGGCGCCACGAAUCUGGCCAACUAUCGCAGUCAGCCCUGCCUGAGCAGCGUUGGUGCGACGCUGGAGCCGCUCACCAAUCCGCUGGCGGCGCCGCUUGUGCUGACCAGCGCGAAUCCGACAUUUGUGCCGGCUCAGACGACGUUCGACUAUGCCAGCCCCUUGGACAGUCCGACCAGUUGUUUGACUGCGCCCGCUUUCACGGAUAAUACGGACGAUGAUCUGGAUCUGGACUCGGAUCACAAUAUGCCGCACGAAUACCGCGCCGAGAUUAGGGUCAUGCGCAAGCCGCGCAGCCAGACGGCGGUCACGGUCGCACCCAGACGCGCCGCCCAUGUCAGCGACGACGAGAUCUACGGCCGAAACUCGCGUGCCGCCAAAUCCCUGCUCUACACCAUGAAGCAGCUGGGCGGCGGCAGUGCACCGGGACAGGGCCCAAGCGUGGGCCAGGGCAACAAGCGAGGGCAGCCCUUGACCGCGCCCAGUUCGCCCAGCAAGCCGGGCUGCCUGUCGCCAGACGGACGCAUGUACCAGGCGCCGCUUGUCGAGCCGCUCUUCCCGCAGCUCAACAGCUACGAGCCCAAGCGCCGGCCGCAGUAUGCGACGCCAGCGACACCGCCCACUUAUCUGGGCGAGCCGCAAACCUCGUACGUGGUCACCUAUCCGCUAGAGGACUCGGCCGAUGAGCACGAGUCGAGCGUCAGCUUGAGGGAACGCGCGCGUCGCAUCUCCGAGCACUCCACGGCCAGCAGCAACAUGUCGCUGACCAGCUGGACGGCGAAUCCCAUGCAUGUGGGCGUGCCGCCGCCCGUCGAUCGCAGCACCAAGCCGCAGCAGCAGCAGCAGCAACAGCAACCAGCUCGGCCGCGUCUGAGCACGCGCAGCCACACCAUCAGCGACUCCAGCGGCUACGAGGCCAAGCCGCUGGCCCAGCUGCUGCGUCAGAAUACGACGGAGGCGCCAGCGCUGAACGCCAGUCGCCAGCAACAGUUGCAGCGUGAGCAGCAGCAACUGUUGCAGCGGGAACAGCAGCAGCAACAGUUAAAACAACAGCAACAGCUGCAACAGCAGCAACAACAACAAUUGCAACAGCAGCAACAAAUGCAGCGGGCGCAACAGCUCAGCGAGCUGCGACGCAAGAGUCUCGGCAAUGUCUCCUCGUAUAAAUCCUCCGCGCCCGCCGAUACGCCCGACAUAGUUAAAUCCUCGCUGCCCAAGGAUCAGGCGCCGCUUCUAAAGAAAUUCGGACCUCCGCAGCGGCAUCAUUAUGUGCCCAAUGCGUAUCAGAGUCCGCAGCUGAACAAACAGCUAAGCAGUAGCAGCCAGCAUAUCAGCAGCAGCAGCAGCAGCAGCCAGCACAUCAGCAACAUUAGCAGCAGCAGCUGCACCACCAGCUUUGCGUCGCAGCAGAAGCCGCUCAUUGUGGAGACGCCUGCCACACCGCAGCCAGGAGUUAAUGCCAGCGCGGCGGAGCCCUUGCCGGAGGAUCAAAUACCGCGCAACAUAGUCUUUAAUAAUGUGAGCGCAUUUAGCUCACUCAGCCGCCGCAGCCUGGACGAGGAGCACCACCAACAGCAGCUGGUCAACGGCGGCUCCAGGCUGAAUCGCCUCAGCAAAUGUGAUUCCUGGCAUCAGAUCUGCCAGCAGCAGCAGCAGCAGCAGACGACGCCGCUGCAAUCUCAGUUGCCUCCACAGCCGCAGCAGCAACAGUUGCCGCGAUUCGGCGAGCUGCGACGCACCAAGUCCGGCCAUUCGCUGGCCGUGCCCAAGCUGUACGAGGCGGGCAUUGACAAGGAGCAGUUGGGCGAGAAACAGCGCACUGUCGCCGCUUAUUUCUCUGGCCAAAAGUCGCCCACGGGCGCACAGCUCGAGGAACUGCGCACAACAACAACAACAACAACAACAGCAACAUCGGCAACAACUGCGAAUCGAAAAUCUGCUAUAAAUCGCACCAAGACCAGCGAGAAAUUGUCGGCGGCACGCAAAUCGCUCAGUUCGCUAAAUUCCAGCUCAAAUGCACAACACAAGCAACAAAGCUCAACGACCAGUGAACGCACCGAGACGAAGUCGAAAGAUGGCGGCGCAGUUGUCACCACAACAACAACAAAAGUUACCACACGCACUGUGAGCGGCAGCGCUGCCACCAAGAACAUUUCGCCGCUGGCCAAAUUCAAGCAGCUGGACAAGGCAGCUGCCCAGCAGCAGGCUCAAAAAUCAUCUCCAACAACAAGCACACCCACGACCCCAGGCGGUUCAGCACAACCGUUAUUCAAAUUUACCGAUCCGGCAUUAAAUGCGCGCGCCGCCACUGUCAAGGAUCAACUUCUGCAGUGGUGUCAGCACAAAACGCAGGAAUAUGAGAACGUCCAAAUAAGCAACUUUAGCUCGAGCUGGUCAGACGGCUUGGCCUUUUGUGCGCUGAUACAUCAUUUCUUGCCAGAUGCAUUUGACUACAGUAAAUUAACCAAACAAACUCGCAAACAUAACUUUGAGCUGGCCUUCAGCGUGGCUGACGAGAAAGCUGGCAUCGCGCCCUUGCUGGAUGUGGAGGACAUGGUGGAGAUGAGCCGGCCCGACUGGAAGUGCGUCUUUGUCUAUGUGCAGAGCAUCUAUCGCCGUUUUCGCAAUUGCCAGUAAAAGCAGCAAGAACAACAACAACAACAACAACAACAGCAGCAGCAGCAGCAGCGCGUGGCCUACAACAACAACAACAACAACAACAAUAACUGUUCACUAAAUUUUAAGCAAAAGAGAAAGAAAAAAAGAACUAGAAAAUGCAGGCAAAUUUGUACACCUUUUGGCAUUUCGCGUUGGAGCACACGCAUACCACAUAACUGUAGCCCAUAUAGAUACCCUAUAAAAUAACCCAACAUUUUUGAUAUACAUGUUUUGACCACAAAUGGCAGGCUCGUCGCUAAUGAACAGCUAACGGGACAUUUGUACGUUUUUUGUGUUUGUUUUUUUUUUAAUUUUUUUUUUGUCUUUACAUGAUUAUUUGACCAAUUAUUUUUUUUUUUGUAUUACUAUUAUUAUUAUUAUUAUUAUUAUUAUUAUUUGUUAUUGAACCUAAAUACUUAUGCAAUAAUUGUUGAAUUUUUUUUGUCAUAAUCUUAAUUAUAAAUGGAGAAAAAUGGAGCAAGGCGCAAACUUUACUAACCCCGCUGAGUUUUGAUAAAAAAAAAAAA